CAUUCAGUUGCAGCCUCUUCUUUCUCGUCCCGCUAAAAUCUCAAUUCCCUGCCCUCAAAUUUCAAACUUGCUGUUUACCACAAAGUUUUUAGCUCCACAUCCUCCUUACCCUCUUUUUUCCCUUCUCAACCAAACAAUCCUUUCCCGAAGGUUUUGCAUUGUAAUAGUUGACUACCUAAGGUUAAGUCUAUUUCUUUCAACUUUGUUGUUUUCUCCUCUUUCUAUCUUGUUGCUCCUUCCUCUCUCUGCCUCUCUGCCUCCUCCUUACCUUCCUAUUCGUCUUUUGGAGGUCCCAUCGAUUACAUCAACUACCCCCCCUCCACCACCAUACCUCUCAAUUCGAAAUAAAAGGCUCAUUUUCUAAACCUCGCACACAUCCGAAAAUAUCAAAAAAGAUGUCGACAGCUAUUCAGACCCAGCAAGGCAACUUAGAUCGAUAUGUGGUCAUUCAUGUUGCUACGACUUGUGAUGAGCAUGGUGUUUACGUUACCAAAGAUUCUGCUGAGGUGAUAGAGCUUGGAUGGAUUUUACUUGAUGCAAAAACGUGUGAUGAAGUGAGUUUUCAUCUGAUUGGCGCUUCGAUCUAUCUGCGGAAUUCAAUUUGCUAAUCGAGAAAUUUUCAAGCUUCACCGAGAGAGUGUUCUGGUUAAGCCCAUCAACACUCCAAUUACUCCUCUAUGCAGUAAGUGCCGAGCGGAAUCAUCUUAUCAAGAUAUGGAUGGACCUCAAUCGUUUGAGCUACGACAAUACCGAUCCUUCCGAAUAUUGACUAACUAAAUAUCAACAGCGAGCUUGACUACUCUUACAUGGGAGCAUGUUCGUACUGCAGGUACCUUCCGCGAUGCGAUCAACCGAUUCGAUACAUUUGCUGCCGAGCACCUCACAUCCCAAAACCUCGACUUCUCUUUUGUUACACUUGACUCAUGGGAUCUUCGAGUCCAGCUUCCCCGCGAAGCUCGUGACAAAGCUGUUGUGUUGCCUCCAUAUUUACAACAUUCUCGAACUUUUGAUCUUCGAACAGAGUACCAAAGAUGGCAACAGCAUCACCCCGAAUCUCUGCCAUUCGGCCCAUCCAUGCUUUCCAACAUCUGCGCCGCGUUGGAAGUCGAACCUGUUCAAGCUAGUGCACCAAUUAAGCACAAUCUUCCAUUCCAUCUCCAAGCUUUGGCUCCGGCCUCGCCUCGUCGCGCAAUGGAGGAAGCUGUUACACUUGCUAGAGUUCUCCGAGGGUUGAUUCGCAAGUCGCAACCUCCCCACGAGCAUCCUGAUGUCCUCACCAGGCCUAUGGAUGCCCGUGCUGAUGUUAGAGCUUUUCUUUCCGAGCGCAGCAAAGUUCUCCACAUGGCAGGACUUCCUCACGAUACCACCCAAUCCGAGCUUGAAAGCUGGUUCACUCAAUUUGGUGGUCGUCCCAUUGCUUUCUGGACCCUCAGAACUCCAGAUCAACACAAGCCUACGGGUUCUGGGUUCGCAGUAUUUUCAUCCCAUGAAGAGGUCAGCCAAAAUUCCCAUACUCAUCUUUUCCUAUUUUGCAUAAUGUGCCAAGAGUAUCAGAUAGUGGUUUCAGCUCCACGUGAAUACAUUCUUUUACUUUACGAUAAAUUACUUAGUCUAUCUACUGCUUCACUAAUCAAAUUUUUUAACAUCCGUGGUCAUUGUCUAACACCUUUCCAGGCCGCUGAAAGUCUUUGCAUGAACGGGCGAGCUCUCAAUGAGAAAGCUAUCGAGGUUUCACCAUCGUCAAGCCGCGUUCUUGACCGUGCUGCAGAAAUCCUUACUCCUUUCCCACCUAGCAAAAACAGGCCUCGUCCUGGAGACUGGACUUGCCCAUCAUGUGGGUUCUCCAAUUUCCAGCGCCGAACCGCUUGUUUCCGAUGCUCGUUCCCGGCGAUGGGCGGUGGUCCAGCUGCUGAGAUGGGCGGUGGAUACGGUGGUGGCGGCGGUGGUUAUGGUUAUGGUCCACCAGCAAUGAUGCCUCCCCCCCAACACAUGGGUCAUCAUGGAGGUAUGGGAGGUGGUCACGGAGGUGGAAGAAUGGGAGGUGGUGGUGGCGUUGUGCCUUUCCGUGCUGGUGAUUGGAAGUGUGGAUCUGAAGGGUGUGGUUACCACAACUUUGCCAAGAAUGUCAGCUGCUUGAGAUGUGGCGCGAGCCGUGCAGGUGCCGCCGUCGUUGCCGAUUCCGGUUAUCCUUCUCCAAUGGAUGCUGCCAAUAACUAUAGCAUGGGGUCUAACUCCAUGGCUGGUACGCCUGGUCCUGGUCCUUUUGCCUCAGCUGCCGGUGGUUUUGGUCCAUCCGGUUAUGGUGGUCAACACUUUGGUGGCCCUCCCAGCACUUACGCUCUCCCAUCUGGUCUUGGUGCACCAACUGGUUCCUAUCCAUCGUUGAACACUCAUUUCGGUCCAGCAACUGGCGCUCACUCCGCCGGUCCUUUUGAUAGCCGAGCUGCAGAGGCUGCCUUCCAAUCGGCCAGUAAUGGUCCAGCGUCUGCAGGGCCGUCAAACAACUUCUACGCUAACCAAGGUGAAAGUGAUCCAUUUGCUUUCCUCUCAUCUGGAAUCACAAACUUGUCUAUGGGUAGUGGUGAUGCUCGCCAAAACGGUGCCGCUGCUCCAAGCAAAUCUCCAGCGUAAGACGUUCUUGAUAUUCGCGCUCUCCAUUUUCCAUUCAUACAUUUCGACUCUCUCUUCUGUGACUACAUUUCAGGACGGCUCCGGGGUUCGAAUGAAAGAUAGACAUUUAUCGGUCGGGGGCAUUGUGGACAUGUUACAAUGGUUUAUAAGGUGGAUUUAGCGCAUGCAUGGGUGGUUGGGAUGGGUAGUCGGUUGGAUCGGUAGCGGUAUAAAGAAAACGGCAGGGAAAAUUUACACCACGUGGGAAAUUGAUAUGGAACAAAGUUUGGAGGGCGGAGUUCUUUUAAUGCGGAAGGCGGAAUCUGACUUACGGGUUGCGAAGGGAAAGCGAGCAAAUGAAAACGGAUGGAAUGCGCUUGAUGGUGUGUAAAGGGACGAAAUCGACUUGAAUUGGUUGGAUCUUGGCUUGGUGCAUAGCGAAGGAGUGCUGCCCUUAAUGUGGUUGGGGUGUUUGGAUCGGGUCCUCGGUCUUCUCUGUCUAAAAUCUGGUCUAAUCUUCCUCUCUUCGUACGGGGGUAUGGAAAUAACGACAAACGCAUUUUCGAUCAAACAACAAAAAGCAUGGCAAUGGCGAUGGAUAUUGGCAAGGGGUUUUUCGAGAAGGGAUAGGAUUUCUGCAUGUUGUUCAAGUUACUUUCUUUAUUGCGCCUUCUUGUAUUUCCCCUUUCAACUUGUGUGUGCUUGCGGUCAAGUUACUCUUGCCCUGCUUUGCUUCUUGGCACUUAUAUGUCGAAUAUUUUGAUUCUCUUCUCCUCUUUACUUUUUUCCUUCAUUACUUUCUGGGAGAAGGGGAAAACACAUACUAGCAUUAAGCACUUGUCGUUUAUCUAUUGAUACGAUGAUUGGUUAGUUUGGAAUGGGGGUGUAGGCGGAUAUUUAGGACAUUGGAGGCUGGGUUGCUAGAAGGUUUGAUGAUUUGAUUGAUGGCUGGGCUGGGGGAUACUUGGGUCUGGAUGGGGUGGACGGAUGGGAGGGUGGAGGUUAUUGGUUGGGGAUGGUGUGAUGAGGAUGGUUGGGGGAUGGGAUGGCUGUGCUUUGGUUGUUUUUAUUUCCUUUCAAUGUAGCAAGUUCUUUUUCCGUCAUGUCUUUUCCUGUUCUAUGUUCAUGUGUUGCGGUGGAUGAAAUGAGAUUUAGGUGAUGGUGAAGAGUAGAGCGGCAUGGAGUGUGCAAUUGGUGGCUGGAUGACUGGUUAAGAUCAGUAGUAUAGUAGAUAAGCUGGAUGCAGAUAGCUCUUUUCAUCUUCACCCGCUUAAAUGAAUAUACAAGGUUGAAGUUGACUUUUUGGCACUUUUGUUUUUAUACUGUAGCAGGGGUUUUCUUUUUGGUUUCGUUUUUGAUGUUGAUGUUGAUAUAUUUGUUAGACUUACCAA